AUGAUCGUUUUCACCGAGAUCCAAAAAGAGGCAUUCAAGGCCGCUGGAGAGGGCGACUUCGAGCGUGUGAAAGAAAUGCUCGCCGGACCCGACCUCAUCAAGGAUAAAGACAAACUUGCCGCUCAGCUCCGCGAAACGCAGUCCUGGUCUGACAUGGAUCCGCAUGACCACAAAUCCGUCGAGUUUCUGUACAUGAACGCUGCCCGUGGAGCCCCUAUGGGUACCCUUCUGCCUGUCAAUACAUCCCGUGAGGGGCACGUGGCAAUUCUCGAAUACAUGUUUGAGCAUUAUCCCUACCCGAAAUCUCACCUCCUCGACGCCAUUGGUGACGCCAUUCUCCACGGAUCUAUCGAGACUGUGCGUUUCUUUCUCGAACGCUGGCCUGAAAUCGUCCAUGUAAACCAAUGCGGUUCCCACGGUGGUACUCCCCUGUCUCUUGCGCUGCUAGUGGAGCGCCGUGCAGCCGCCCAUUCCAUGACAGAGCUCUUGCUUCAAUAUGGAGCCGAUCCGAACAAGGAGUCCCAAGGCCUUCCCAUGGAGUACGCCAUUACAUCUUCUUGGCCCGAUCUCGUGCCGCUGCUCGAAAAAUACGGCGCCGAGCCAUUUUCUUGGGAGAAGGAGCUUCAGCUGCUCCCGCGUGCAGCAAGCAACGGAAAGUUUGAAGCCGUCACUCGGCUCAUCGAAAAGGGCGCUCACCCGGAUACUGACACUCUCGAGCCUCCGUUUAGUGGCACGCCUUUGUGGAACGCAGUUCGCAGAGGCGACUACAAGAUGGUUGAGUACCUGAUCUGUGCGGGCGCUGACCCAAACCGCCGAACCUCUGCCGGAGAGUCCAUGCUGCAGGUUGCGGAGAGCCUUUCUGUAAACAAGGAUGAGACGAUGGUAUCCUUGCGGGCUUUUGGUGCCAAGUAA